AUGUCAUCUGCUAAUAAAGAUAUCUUAGUUUACGUACCUGAUAUACCAUCAGACAUCGCUGACAGUGAUGGUGAACAAAUGGUCCAAACUCGCUUACAAAAUACUCUUAGUAUAGAGGUAAAGAAGGUGAAAUGCUAUUCAAAACUUGGUGUAGCUGUGAUACAAUUGACAAAGGAAGAUCACAAAACACAUUUGGUUUCAACUGUUUACUCAACUGUUCUCGAUCCACAUCGUAGCAUAAAUAUAUCAUUUGUAAAUAAGCUCGAACUUGAUUCUUACAUUGUAUUUGAUCGAAACGCAUCCAUAUCAAAAAUUCCUUCUUCUGAAAAGCUUGUCACCCAUCUUGAGCAAGCCUACAAAAGUAUAGAAAAUCUCCUCUGUGAGCUAAUUACUCCUCAAAUUCCUAACAUUUUUCAUGUUACUUUCAAUUCGCUUGAUAACCUUGUCGAAGUUGCUAAUUCAUCAGAUUUCCAGAUCGACGGUACAUUGGCCACUGUAUAUCCAUGUGCAAAUUGUAGUUUUUUGGAAAAUCUACCACGAACUACUAACGAUGACAAACUUCGAUCGGCUGUUAUUACUCAGAAUGGUGGCAAAGAACUUUCAGCAACGUCAUUAUAUAUACAGCAUAAUAAAGACACUGGUGAUGCAGUUAUUUUGGUAUCAAAGUCCGCCAAAACAUGGCUAAUGAACCAAUCUUUAAUAAUCGAUGGACAAAAUAUUCAGAAAAAAACAGCACUUACUUGUCGAGUCCUGGUCUCUCCUGUACCUCGUGGUUUUAACCUUGAUCAUAUUUUUAAUGACUCAUUAUUUGUGAACCGAGUUAUCGGCCACAACCAGGUCAACGAUACACUUAUACUGGAACUCAAUAAUAUGGAUACUUACAAGAAUGUCUUAGCACAGAAAGUGAUCAAGAUAGAUAAUAAUAGUAUGAAAAUUAAACCAUAUACCAUUGUUAUUGAUCCAGAAACCAUGGAAAUUGAUGCUGAGAACUGGUAUGAAACUGAUAUGCUCAAAAUCGAACCUAAUAUAAUGCCAUUAUUAAAUGAUCCUCAACAUCCAAUCUUCCAUUAUCAAUGGAAUGCUCGUAAUUGGAUUGAACAAUUUCGAAAAUUAGAAUUACCAGAACAGCAUUCGAAAACUUUUGAUCUUCAUCGACAUUUACUACGAGUAACUGUCAUGUUAAAUACAAUAGGAGUUCUUCGAAAACGACGUUAUAUGAUUAAUGAUGAAGAAGUUUCAUUAAAACCAGUACGCAUGCAAACCAUUGUUUACGAUCAUGCAUCAAAACUAUCGCGUGGAGUCAAAACGUCAGCUAGCAAUUUAAAAAUCCCAUAUGCAUCAACAUCUGUCAAAGUAGUUAAUGAAGAUUGUCUUAUUAUUUAUCAGAAAUUAGUUUCGGAAGGACAUCGACCUUUAUUACUAAACAUGGCUAAUCAAACGAAUCCUGGAGGUGGUUAUCGAAAAGGUGAUGGAGCACAAGAAGAAAAUCUUUUUCGUCGUUCAAAUUACUAUCAAAGUCUUGAUAUUGAAAUAGCCGAUAAUGAUGCAUCAGAACGAUUACAUUGUGAUGAUAAAUGUGAACUCGAACAAAUAUCAAAAGGUGAUAGUUUCUAUCCAAUGAACGAAUUUGGAGCAAUUUACACGACUGGUAUUACAGUAUUCCGACAAACAGAAGUCAAUGGUUAUGUAUUUAUGAGAAAUCCAUUAUACAAUGUUUCUGCUCUUGCAAUGGCUGCUCAUCGAGAACCUAAAUUGAAAAACAAUAAAACAUUAGAAAAUAAAUUUGCGGUUACGACACAAAAAAAAAUUGAAAAUAUUUUUACUAUUGCAUAUCAUCAUAAACAUGAUUGUCUUGUUUUAUCAGCUUUUGGCUGUGGUGCUUUUAAGAAUCCAUCUGAUCAUAUUGCUUCGAUUUUUAAAUCUGUUAUAUAUCAAUAUGCUGGAUUUUUCAAUACUAUUUAUUUUGCUAUUGUUGAUGAUCAUAAUACAGGUAAUAAAACUAAUCCACAAGGUAACUUACUUCCAUUUCAAGAGAUAUUAGAUGGUUUAAUUGUACCAUCACCAAUAAAUUUAUGUAUUGAUGCUGCUAUUGGAUCAAAUCGUAUCAUUGAUAAAUCAAAUGAUGAACAAUUAAUAUUAAGUGAUGUUUGUAUUUUCGGUCUUCCACCUUGUCAUCAUGGUGCUAAAUGUCGUGAUCUUCGAAAUUCUAAGCAUAAAAGUCAAUUUUCACAUCCACCAAUAUGUCCACUUUCUAAAGCAACUUCUUCUUGUGAACAAUUGAAUGAUGAAAUUCAUACAUUUACAUUUAUACAUAAUACUCAAUGCAAGUUGGCUGGUGAAUGUAAUGAUACUAAUCCAAUACAUUUCUUAGAAUUUGAUCAUCCGGAAUUUUGUGAAUACGGUGGUGAUUGUACAAAUAUGAGUAAGAAACAUUUAAUAGCUUAUCGACAUGUUUCUAAUUGUCCCAAAGGUUUAAACUGUUUAAACUAUCGAAAAAGAGAUCAUGAUCAUAUAAAAUCAUUUCGUCAUUGUAGACCUGUUUGUCCUUAUGAUAAUUGUUGUAUUAAUUUUCAUGAUAAAGAACAUUUUACUAAUACAAUACAUUCAUUUCAACCACCAUGUCCAUUAACACCGUACAAUUGUUCAAAAUAUAUUGAAUUUAUUCAAAUGAGCAAAUCAAAUGAAAUUUCUUUAGAAGCAGAAAGUCAUUGUUUUCAAUUUUCACAUGCUUGCCCGUUUGGUCGUCAAUGCAACAAUAUAGAUGAAAUUCAUUUCGAAACAUCGAUUCAUAUUGCUCGUCAACUUUGUCCAGACGGCAAUAAAUGUUCAAAACUAUCACAAGAAGAUCAUUUAGAAUCAUAUUCUCAUCCUGGUAUACGAGAUAUUCGUCUAUUAUGUAAAAUACCAGGUUACAAAUGUUCGCUUAGAUCAAAUGAUGAACAUUUAAAAAAAUAUCGACAUAACAAAAAUCAUGAUCAUUUUAGUACUGCCCCGUCUAGUAAUCUUAAUUCAUCGAUCAAUUUUGCUCGUAAUCAAAGUCACUUAAUUAAAACGGUAAAUAUCUACAUUGACAGAUCGAACUGGAGUAAAGAGAAAAUUUCUCCAGAAAUACUUAAUUGGAUACGUGCAUUACAACCUGUACAUCGAUGUCGAAAAGAGAUUUUUGAAUCGAUUCUUGUUUUAGGACAUGUUAUGAGUCGUCAUUAUAUGAAUUUAUUAGAAAAACAAGAAAAUGUAGGUAGAGCAGUACAACAACAUAGUCGAGUGCGUUUAAUAUUUUUGAAAUAUAAUAAUCCAGUAGUCAAAGAAAAUGUGGGUAAACUCAUUGAAAUUUUAGUAGAAAUUGAAUUUGCAAAGGCAAACCUACAUGGAAAACGUUCUGCAGAUGCCGAUUCUGAGCAAAAAAUUUCUAUGAUGGAGAAAAGAUUGCAACCACCUCUUGAAGGUAAAGAUAUUCAAGCUAUUCAUGAAUGGACCACUAAAAUUGCUAGAGCAUCGAUUGAUUUAAGUACUAAUAAAGCAGGUAUUGGCUAUGAAGUUGAUCCGAAAUUAGGAACUGAUAAGCAUGUGUUCAGUAUCAUGGGACCACAUCUUGGCCAUUAUUAUGGUGAUAUUGUUAUAACUUUCAAACAAGAAAUUAUGUUUCACCCAGACGCUAAUUUUACAAUUCAAGCUGGAACUACUUUUUAUAGUCAAAACAUUUACAAACAACGUCUAUGGAUGAAAGAUCCAGGAAACGAAACAAAACGUAUUGAACAUUUUCAUCAUUCAAAAUUACAUUGCUCUGUUCCUCGUUAUGAAUAUGCAACAGCUCUAGAAUUAGUUGCUUCGGUAGGAUUAGAACAUCAAUCAAUGAAUGUUAAUGUUGAAGCUAUUCUUGAAAAAUGGAUAAGUGUAGAUUCUCAUCAAACGUUAGAAGGUCAUUUACCACAACUCAUUCCAUUGGAUUAUGUUGAUCGUGUUUACAUACCAAAAAAUGUAUUCGAAGAUCUUUCACCUGAAGCACGACAAUCAGCGAAAGGAGCUUUUAAAGAUUCACUUAUAAUAAGCAUCUAUGACAGUGAUGAGAACAAACCAGGCGAUACUCCAAAAGACAUGCUUAAUCAUCCUUAUUCAAAAUACGUAUUUGAAGAACUCUGUGCAGCUAUCAAACAGCGCAUGGAUAGACCACAUAUUUCACGAGGUAUAGUAAUUACAGUUGGUGCUUCUGACUUCGCCGAACAUAUUGUUUUACCUAUCAGUAUUACUCAAGCACAGUAUCUAUAUUAUCUUGAUAAACCUCAAUCACCAGAUGGUCCUGAAUUUAUCUAUAUUUAUUGGCAAGCUAUGGAUGGUGAUAUGAUGUUGACAUUAACCAAUGAAAAAAUUGAGCCAGGUGGAGAACAAUUCAAUAUGAAAUGUCUCAUUUGUUAUAUUGCGAAGAAACCAUCGACAGUAACUGAAGAAUUUCAUGAAACGUUUACAUAUUUGAAUGAUGACCUACCCUAUCAGCAUGGUAAUAAUGUUAAUGCAGUUCGACUUAAAGCUAAAUCGAAUACAUUCUAUCGUGGCUGUAAUACUGAUGAUUAUUUUACUUUUUGUUUAAAACUCAACUAUAGAACAGGUCAUGUAACACUUUCUCAUGCAGGACCAAAUAGUAUUUAUAAUCAUGAAAAAAUUGAAUAUAAAUUUAAUAGAGCUGAGUUAGAUCUAUCCAAAUUAGAUUAUAUUCAUUUAAGUGCUGGAACUCAAGAUGUUCCUGUACGAAAUUUAACAAUAAAUCUUGAACCAAUCGCUGAACUUCACCCAAUUGUAGAUACACAAUUCAAACGAGAUACAUCCAAUCUACUUGAACGAUAUCUUGUUGCAACUGCUCACAAUAAUCCGGCUCCUCCUAUUACUAAUCGAGCAAAAAAACAACGACCAUUAGCCAUUAAUCCACGAUCAAAUAUAAACAACUCAGUUAUCUUGGGUCGAAUAGCAGAUAUAAUUUGCUGUCGUCAUACAAAUGCAAUAGAACCAAUGGCAUUAGAUGAUGCACGUCCCGCAUUAACACCUUGUAGAGAUUCCAUAUAUUGUUUACAACGAAAUUCAUCGAAACACACUAAACAAUUUUCUCAUCCUUGUCCUUAUUCUGAAUUAUGUAAAAGAAAAGCCAAAGAACCACAUCUUACACAUGAACGUCAUAAUGUUCUAAAAUGUACGAAAGAUAAAUAUUGUUCGGAAAAAAUUAAUCCUAUUCAUCGUGCAAAUUAUCGCCACACAAAUCUUCCUGAUUAUCUUAGUCUAUGCCGUAAACAGAGUAAUUGUCAAGAUACAUCAUUGAAACAUCGAAUAAAAUAUUUUCAUGGUGAAACCUUGCCGUUAAUCAAAAGUAAAUCAAUGUGUCAUUAA